UGCAAGUCCGAUGAAAUUAUCAAUGUAGCUUAUGUAUACUGAACAAAAAUAUAAAUGUAACAAUUAGAACGAUUUUACGAGUUACAGUUCAUAGAAGGAAAUUGGUCAAUUGAAAUAAAUUGAUUAGGCCCUAAACUAUGGAUUUCACAUGACUGGGCAGAGGUGCAGCCAUGGGUGUGCAUAGGCCCACCCACUGGGGAGCCAGGCCCAGCCAAUCAUGAGUUUCCCCCUCACAAAAAAGGGCUUUAUUGCAGACAGAAAUACUCCUCAGCACCUCACUCCCUCUCCUCAGACGAUCCCGCGGGUGAAGAAGCUGGAUGUGGAGGUGGCUUAUGGUAGAGAAAUGAACAUUCAAUUCUCUGUGUGGACAUUCCUGCAGUUGGUAUUCCAAUUGCACGCUCCCUCAACUUGAGACAUUUGUGACAUUGUGUUGUGUGACAAAACUGCACAUUUUAGAGUGUCCCCAGUACAAUAUGCACCUGUGUAAUGAUCAUGCUGUUUAAUCUGUUUUUUGAUAUGCCACACCUGUCAGGUGGAUUGAUUAUCUUGGUAAAUGAGAAAUGGUCACUAACAGGGAUGUAAACAAAUUUGUGCAUACAAUUUUAGAGAAAUACGCUUUUUGAGCAUAUGGGACAUUUCUGGGAUCUUUUGGUUCAGCUCAUGAACAUGGGACAAACACUAUAUGUUGCGUUUUUAUUUUUGGAGGCUAUGUGUCCUGUUUAACUUCGAUUCCCAGAAAGCAUUGCUAGAAUUUCACUGCUCAUGGCAUCAAGCUUUGUGGGACCAGCUUAAGCGACUUCAGUUGCGACACGGUGAAGCAGCUGCUGUAGUGAAGUAAGACUGAGGAGGGGAGAUCUUUCCCUACUCUGUCGGACAGUCGUUCAUUUGUGUGUGAUUCCUAGUUUGCUUUGACAAUAAACAUUUCCGUUGCUCAAAUCUGGCUUUGAGUCAAUGAGGAAGCGUCCCGUUGCCCUCCAGGGGUAGAUCAACAACAGAUUCGCGAGAAAUGCUAGCAAGCUAGCUUUGGGUUGGUUGUAAGCGAGAGAUUUACGGGUUUGUUCGAUCACAGUGGAAGAGAACCGAACGUAAUAACUGCGGAGAAUUGUUGAGAUUUUGUGAGGGGAAACGAGUGAACAAUCAAAAGGUUUCCGGGAGGGUGGUCUAAGUAGCUAGUUAGCUACAUUUUAUAUAAAAAGCUCUAGAUAGGUAUUUUAAACAGAUCGUCGCAGAAUAUGGCUCAGCAUGGACAUCAUCAUGUAGCCAGUUCCCAAAAAGCACUCAUGUUAGAAAUGAAAAGUCUUCAAGAGGAGCCAGUUGAAGGGUUCAGGAUAACUUUAGUGGACGAAUCGGACUUGUACAACUGGGAAGUUGCUAUAUUUGGACCCCCAAAUACUCACUAUGAGGGAGGUUAUUUUAAGGCUCGGAUCAAGUUCCCCAUCGACUAUCCCUACUCUCCUCCGGCCUUCCGCUUCCUCACCAAGAUGUGGCACCCCAACAUCUAUGAGAAUGGGGACGUGUGUAUCUCCAUCCUGCACCCCCCUGUGGACGACCCCCAGAGUGGAGAACUGGCUUCUGAGAGAUGGAACCCCACGCAGAACGUCAGGACGAUCCUGCUGAGUGUGAUCUCUCUGCUCAACGAGCCCAACACCUUCUCUCCAGCCAACGUGGACGCCUCCGUCAUGUACCGCAAGUGGAGAGACAGCAAGGGCAAGGACAGAGAGUACGCAGAGAUCAUCAGGAAGCAGGUCCACGCCACCAAAGCAGAUGCUGAGCGUGACGGUGUGAAGGUGCCCACAACCCUGGCUGAGUAUUGCGUCCGCACCCGCGCCCCGCCCCCCGAUGAGGGCUCCAACCUCUUCUACGACGAUUACUAUGAUGACGAGGACCUGGAGGACGAAGACGAGGAUGAUGACGAGGACUGCUGCUACGACGAAGAUGACUCGGGAACCGAGGCGUCCUGACGACCCACCAUCGCCUCACUACCCCUUCCUCUCCCCCGUCCCCCCC